ACACGUUACCAUAUAUAUAUUGAACAAUAAAUGUUUAUGUCCAAUAAACUAUGCUUCUUUACGAUGGAACCUGAAAUAUACAAUGGAACUGGGCAUCCAGAAGUGUGGUUAAAUAAAUUAAAAUCAUUCUGUUAUCAAAAUAAUAUUACAAUAGAUGAAAAUAUAUUAAAAUUUUGCAAAACGUUAAUUCAUCCAUCGAUUAAUGUUUCUGAAGCAAAUUCUUUUAAUGAAAUUAUAAAUAUUAUAAAAUCAGAUAUUUCUUUUGAAUCUUAUAAAAAUUCUGUCAAAAGAAAAUUAAAAAGAUUAAAAUUUGACAAUGAUAAAUUUAAAAAUGAAGAAGAAAUUUUAAAAAAUUUAAAUAAUUUUCAACAACUUUGUUAUGAAGCAGAAAUUAAUGAAUUUGAAGAACAAAAGAGAUUAUUUAUGAAUGCAUUAUCAACAUUUUCUAUUCAACAUAGAUUUAUUUAUGAUAAUUUAAAUAAUAUUAAUUCAAUGAAAGAAUUAUUAAAAUAUUUUGAUCAAAGUUUAUUAAAAGAAAAAAUUAAUAAUGGUUCAUGUAUUGCUUUAAAACAUGUUGCAACUGGAAAAUAUUUAUCUUGUUGUGAUGAUAUAAAAUAUCAAAAAGGUUCAAAAUGUCCAAUUGUAUUUGUGGAACAAACAUUUCUAGUACUUAAUUCUAUAUGGGUUAUUUCCACAGCUGAUAAAUUACCAGAUAAGCCUUCUGAAUCUGAACCUGUUUUUUACGGAAAUACUUUUUAUUUGUUUCAUAAAACCACUGGAAAAAAGGUAGAUAUAGACCAAAGUUAUAAAUCUCCUGUAACUCAAAAUGCUGAAGUAUCCAUUACAUCCUUUAAGAAUGAGACAAGAUGUCAACUCAUGGCGACUAAUUCAGCAAAAAAUAAUAAUGAUUGUAUGCUAUCAAAAGAUAUAAUUACUUUGAAGAAUUCUGGAAAUUAUAUUUUACGAAGUCAUGAAUUCACAUUUACUAAUGAUAAUAAAACUUAUCAAGAAGUUGUCGGUCAUAAUGAAAGAAUUGGUGGAAAUGAUGAGUGGUGUAUUGAAUUGGUUGAAGAUGGCAUUUAGCAAAUUUAUGAUUAAAUUAUAC